CUCCUUGUUCACAUCCCAAAUAUCACAACUCCCCGUCUCUCUAUAAAUUCCCUAGCUCAUUGAUUAUAUUCCUAUAAUAAAUAUAAAGCAAAAGGUUAGGGAUGAUAUAAAGAAAUGGCGAAUAAAUUAAUAUUAGCCACUUUUUAUUGCUUGUGUGUAAGUUCUCUUGUGUGUAGAGCUCAAACUACAGUAGCGGGUAUCUAUGUGUUUGGUGAUUCACUUGUUGAUGUUGGAAACAACAAUCACUUGCCACUUUCCCUAGUCAAAGCCAAUUUUCCGUACAACGGCGUCGACUUCUCCGGCAACAAAGCCACCGGAAGAUUCUCCAACGGCAAAAAUGCAGCCGACUUUCUAGCUGAGCGAUUGGGUGUGUUAACGCCGCCGCCGUAUCUAUCACAGCCCAAUAAUACGUUUGCCAAAGGCGUAAGCUUUGCUUCGGGCGGAGCCGGAAUCUUGAACACCACCGAUCAAAGGAGCACGAUCUCUUUGCCACGUCAAUUGGGAUACUUCUCCACCGUGAACCAAAGACUAUCAAAAGAAAUGGGAACAAAGGCAGCACAAGAGCACUUAUCAAAAUCACUGUUUCCCUUUGUUAUUGGUAGCAACGACAUCAUAAAUUACUUCCAAUCAAACUCAGACAUCGCCAAGAAAUACACCCCUCAACAAUACGUUAACCUCAUGGUCUCCAACCUCAAAGAAAUGCUCAAGGGCGCUCAUAGUCUCGGAGCACGCAAGUUCUUGUUUGUGGGGCUAACCCCGAUAGGAUGCGCGCCCAAGCAAAGGUAUCCGAGUGCAACAAACGAGUGCAACAAUGAUGUAAAUGAGUGGUCGAACAAAUACAACGACGAGCUCAGGCAGAUGCUGCUUGAGCUGCAGUCGUCGGAGCUCAAAGACUUUCACUACUCUUAUUUUGAUACGUACAACAUCUUCCUCGACUUCAUCCACAAUCCAUCAACUUAUGGUUUCAAUGAGACCAAAAGUGCUUGCUGCGGACUGGGGAAACUGAGGGCCAAUCUUCCAUGCACGCCUCUGUCUGUAUUUUGUUCGGGAAGAAAUGGACAUGUUUUCUGGGAUGUAUACCACCCUACCGAGGCGGCUGCCAGUAUUUUCAUUGCUAAACUCUUUGAUGUUUCUGCAGAUUAUGUUUCUCCUAUCACACUUCACCACCUACUUUCUUUAUAGAAACAUACGUACUAGGACUAUUCCUUAUGUAAUCUAAUCCAUUCAUAUUAUACAACCACUUUUAUAUA